CUCAGCGAGAACUACUCAUUCGAAAAUAAAAUUGCCGACCGUUCGCUGCAAAAGAUAUAGCAAUCGCAAACGCAAACGCAGAAAAACACGCUGGAUUAAAGUGUUUCGUUUCCACUUCGACAGAGUGAGAAAAUAAAGUGAAGUGAGCACAGCAAGCCAAAUAACUCGCACAGAAUCCAAAUCAAAGAAAAAGUAAAGAAAGCCAAUAUUUAAGAACCUCGCAAGUAAUCCGGUACGACCGUGUAACAACCGCCAAGAUUCUACUCAAGGAGCGUAAAGCGAUCAUCUCGAAAAUGAAGUCCCUGACGGCCGUUUGCCAGACAGGUGCCUCCGGAAUGCCGGCCUUGAAUGCCAGCGGGCGCAUCUCGCGCCACCCCACGCACCGCGGCGAUGGGGAGAACGCCGAGAUGAAGAUGUACUUGUCCAAGCUCAAGGACCUCGUCCCGUUCAUGCCCAAGAACCGCAAGCUCACAAAGCUGGAGAUCAUCCAGCACGUCAUCGACUACAUAUGCGAUCUGCAGACCGAGCUGGAAACGCAUCCCGAGAUGGGCAACUUUGAUGCGGCGGCCGCUUUGACGGCGGUCAACGGACUGCACGAGGACGAGGACAGCGAGAUGGAGGAUGCGGAUGUGGAGGCGGAAGCGGAAUCGGAUCCGGAUGUCCUCGCCCAGCGCUUGGCCGCCGAAACGCCGGCGAAAGUCUCUAGUCCCGCCGCCCGUCUCCCGCUCACCGAUCGCCAAACGCCCAACACGCUCGUGGCGCCCGCUCAUCAGCAGCAGCAGCAACAUCAACUGCAGCAACAGCAGCAACAGCAACUCCAACAGCAAUCACAGCAGCAACUGCCCAACAGUUUAGCAACGCCAUCGAAUGCGGAGAAAGACAGCAGGCAGUCGUAAGCGUGGAAACGCCCAGCUGGGAAAACCCGUAAAACCUAUGAACUUAUUAACUAAAUGCAUAAUUAAAGUACAGUCAAAACUCCACUCGCAACCUUCGUGUGAAGAUCUCCGCAUAAAAUAACGUGUGAAAACUCUCAAGAAAACUGCAGCCGAGGCGCAUCUCUUCAACUCUCCUUACCCGUGGAUUAUAAUCGGGGAAAUCGGAGACUCGCUUUUGGCUCAAAAGAGUUUAGAUUAAACAUAAAAAUAACACAACAACACAAAAACCUAGCAUUAGAUCAUCGUAAGCAAGUAAACAUUAUGAAUAUUAAUUAAACAUUUAAACUAGGAUGGCGCUUAAGUAUGAAUGGAAGAAAACUUGGCAAAGCUUUAAACAAUUUAAUUUUUCCUUUAACGCUUGAAAUUACACUAAAGCAUAUAUUUUUGUUUUCCUAAUUUUAGUUUUGUUUUGGUUUAAACAACGCAAGAAAAAAUGUUACUAAUGCAAAGCAAACAGAGAUCAGCAAUAAAAUAAAAAAUAUAAAUGCACAGGCAACAAAACUGGAAUUACGUUUAAUUAUCGAAUUCUGUAUUACGAUAGUAUGAUUUCUCUCCAAAAGGUUUUCCUAUUAAUUUUAAUCAAUGAAGAACUUUUCCUAUUAUUGAUUAGCCACAGCCAAUAAUUAACAAGAACAACCAACUCAGCAGCACACACAUUCAAAUUCAUUAAUUUAUAUCGAAAGUACGCUUAGUGUUUAAGAUUUGAGAAAGUUCAUUUCCAGGCACUAAUUUUCGCUUACACACAAAACACACACACCUCAUUUUUAGUUUUUCCGAGUCCCUUGGAUCGUUUUCCUCUUUUUUUAAUCGAAUUAACGUAUAAUGCAUAAUAAUAAUUACCCGAUAUACACUAAAACCUAUAAAUAUACAUUAAUAUAUGUUCUGUGAUCUGUAGCAUACUUUGUACAAAGUGUUUUUAGCAUAAUUGUGCGAUUUUUAAUUAUGAUUUGAUCCGCAAUCGAAACUAAACAUUUUUGUUCUCAUUUCGAUGGUAAAAACUCUAUCAUGAUGUAAAAGAAAACAUUUGAUGAUGCGAAAAAAUAUGUCUAAAAAGAAAAAAAAAAACAACAUUAGCUCUUAAUAAAUUGCAAAAAUUAAAAAAAUAUUAAAAAUCAAA